AUGCCAUCUCAUUAUAAGAGAAAGACUGACCAGCAGUCAUGGGAUUUGGAGUCCAUGAAACAAGCAAUACUGGCUGUGAAGAGAGAAAAAAUGCCAUUUGCAACAGCUGCAAAGCGGUUCAAUGUACCAAGGAAUACUCUCAAACGUAGAGUGCUUGACAAAAAUGUCUAUGCAGUUGAAAGCAAGAAGGUUCUGGGCAAAUAUAGAAAUGUUUUCAGUGAGGAACAACGGAGGAAAAAUGAACUACGGUGUGCUGCCUACAGCCUUGCAGAAAAAAAUAAGAUUCCACACACAUUCAACCAUGAGAAGAAGAUGGCUGGCAAGGAUUGGGUAGCCGGUUUUAAGAAGAGGCAUCCUUCAAUCAGCCUGAGGACACCUGAAGCAACAUCCCUAGCAAGAGCUCAAGGAUUCAACAAAGUGAAUGUGUGCAAAUUCUUUGACAUUUUAAAGACUGUUCUAGACAAUCAUUCGUUUCCUGCUCAUAGAAUUUACAACUGCGAUGAAACAGGACUUUUAACCGUUCAAAGUAGAAGUACAAAAGUUUUUGCUUUAAAAGGCAGGCGGCAGGUGGGAGCAAUCACUUCUGCUGAUAGAGGUCUACUCUCAACCUUCGAAGUAUGCAUGUCUGCUGGGGGAACUUUCAUACCUCCUUUUAUAAUAUUUCCCAGGAAAAAUAUGAAAGCAGAGCUGACAGAUGGAGCUCCUCCUGGCUCAGAAUUUGCAUGCACUCAAAGUGGCUGGAUGCAAGCAGAUAUUUUUUUAAAAUGGUUUGAACACUUUCUGAAUCAUUCAAAGCCUUCAGCAGAGUCACCGGUGCUCCUCAUAUUGGACUGGCAUCAUGCCACACACACUAAGAAUAUUGAUUUCAUCAACAUGGCCAGAGAAAAUCACACGACUGUGAUAUGCUUGCCUCCCCAUUGUAGCCACAAACUGCAGCCUCUGGAUGUAUCCUUCAUGGCACCCUUCAAGGCAUAUUACAUUCAAGAGUGUGAAAAGUUUCUGAGGAAUAACCCUGGACGAGCCAUCACACAGUUUCAAAUCAGCAGACUCCUUGGUGAAUCUUUUUUGAGAGCAGCUGUGCCCUCAACAGCCAUCAAUGGUUUCCGAAAAUGUGGAAUUUUCCCAUUCAAUUCAGAUGUUUACCAUGAUUAUGACUUUCUACCAGCUGAUGUGACUGACAUCCCAAAUUAUGGAAGAUAA